UCACAAGUAUCGCUAUAACAGCUGUUUGUUUAUAGAAAUUGUGAGCAGUUUUUAUAUACAUAUUUCUCGACCAGCAAUUUUGUUAAUAAACGCAGCAAUUUAAAAUGCGUAGACUUAAUAAUCUAGUUACGCUGUUCACAGCAAUAACCGCAUUCUUUUUCGGCAGUUUUAUUACACGUAUUCUGAGCAUGGCGGAUAAAUGCCCGGCAGAGCGAAGCGGUGUGCCAAAACUAGAACCACAUCCAGAUUUAUUUCUGGUGAUACUUGUGUUUAGUGCACCGGCGAAUACGGAGCAGCGUGAUGGAAUGCGCGAAACAUGGCUGCGUUUGGGUCAACCCUUGAAGCAAACGUACUUUCCCGAGGACUACAUCUAUCUGCCCAGUUACAGUGGUGGCCAUUUGCAAAUGGAAACAGUCGCGUCGCAGGCAAAUCGAUUGCAACAAUAUAUAAGCUGGCAGCAACAGUUACCUAAAUUGGAACAACCGCGAGUGCAUCGCAACAUCAAGUUGAAAUAUCUAUUUGCCAUAGGCACACAACAAUUGGGCUCCACGUUGCGCCUCGAAUUGGAGCAUGAGCAAAAGGAGCACAAUGAUUUGCUGCUGUUGCCGCAGUUGCAGGAUGAUUACUCAAAUCUGACGGAGAAACUGUUGCAGUCGCUGGCGACGAUUACGCGUCAUUACGAGUUCUCGUAUCUGUUGAAAGUGGACGACGACACAUACGUUAAGCUGGACAAUUUGAUCAACGAGCUCGUCUCCUAUGAUCGCAAACUGCUGCGCCGGAGAUCGGACUAUGCACACGAUCCGUUGCCUGAGCUUUUUUGGGGUUAUUUUAAUGGGCGCUCGACAAUCAAAACAAAAGGACAUUGGCGGGAAUCGAAUUACUUUUUGAGCAGGAACUACAUUAACUAUGCCCUUGGCGGUGGCUAUGUCAUCUCUCGAAGACUAUGCGAGCAUGUGGCCAACAAUUCCCAACUGCUCUCCAGAUAUGUAUCUGAAGAUGCUUCACUUGGUACUUGGUUGGCUCCACUACGUUACGUCUAUCGCUGGCACGAUGCACGUUUUGAUACCGCAUACAUGCCCUCCAAAUGUCGUCCCUAUCAUCUUGUGCUGCACAAGCGUAAUCCGCAGCUAAUGCAAGAUCUUUACACUGGAAAGUUGUGCACCCACGAGCAUCCCGGCCAAAGAGUGUUUGUCUCCUACUACUACGAUUGGACGAAACCAGCGGACAAAUGCUGUGACAGCAUUGUCGCUUAGUUGAUAAUAGACUGAUAAUUAACAGUUGCCAAAACCAAAGAUACAAAUUAAGUAUUUAAUAUUUUUUGGACGUGCCGCAGCUUAAAAAAUUAUUGAAGAUUCAUUAUAAGCUCCUAUGGCAGCAAUUUAUUUAGACUCUAGAGCUAAAAAGUUUAUUUAAAAUACGAUAUAUUUAAACUUUAAAAUGUUCUUUUUUU